CCGCUCCUAUUGGGUAAGAACGCGGAAGUGAAGAUACAGAGCGUUGAAGACCAAAACAACCCCAGUGGCGACUUCAUCUCUUUCUUCUUCUUAAUUCUCCGUCCUUUAAUUCUUCCCUUCCCGGUGAACGGAGGCCUCGGCGGGACAAUGGCGGUUCCGGUUCCGCUUCGCUCCAUUCAACACCACCUCCGAACAGCCCAGGAACAUGAGACACGGGACCCGGUGGUGGCGUACUACUGUCGUCUCUAUGCCAUGCAGACUGGAAUGAAGCUGGACAGUAAGACACCAGAGUGCAGGAAGUUCCUGGUCAAACUCAUGGACCAGUUGGAGGUGAUGAAGAAGGAGCUCUGUGACCAUGAGUCCGUCACUCAGGAGAUCGUUGGAAACGCCCAUGUAGAAAACUAUGCCUUAAAAAUGUUCCUGUAUGCUGACAACGAGGACCGGUCUGGACGAUUUCACAAGAACAUGAUCAAGUCCUUCUACACAGCCAGUCUUCUUCUGGACGUUCUGUCUGUGUUUGGAGAACUUUCAGACGAGAACAUCCAACACAGGAAGUACGCUCGCUGGAAGGCCACGUACAUCCACAACUGUCUGAAGAACGGAGAGACGCCGCAGGCUGGACCAAUAGGAAUGGAGGGGGAGGAGCAGGAGGGGGAGGAGGGGGAGGCAGACGAGUUUGGAGCAGUUGGAUUUUCCGGCUCAGGCCCCGCCCACAGCGGCUCCUUCAGAGGGGGCGGUCCUUCAGCUCAGGACCAGAGUCUGGAUCCUGGUCUUGGUCCUGGGAUUGGGUUCACUGCCGGUCCUGGCUCGGGUGCACCCAACUACAACAACAUCUACGUCCCUCCAGGAGCCCACGCACCAGCCAACACCCCGGCUGAGCUACCGCCACCUGCAGACGUAGGUAAACCAGUACCGAUGCCUCGGUCAGGGCCAGCUGUGGACCAGCAGCAGGCAGGUGGCGUUCAUCUAACGCCAGAGGAUUUCACCAAAGCACAAAAGUACUGCAAGUACGCAGGCAGCGCGCUGCAGUACGAGGACGUGGCCACGGCCGUGCAGAACCUGCAGAGGGCGCUGAAGCUGCUGACCAGCGGCAAAGAGUGACGCCUUUGUCUUCACACACACACACACACACACAUACACACACCCUGUCAGACGAGGACACCAGUCGCUAACAAUAAGUGUCUUUGUGUGACGCCGUCGCACUGAUCGACCAAUCAGAGCCUCAUCAUCGAUGAUGUCAUGGUUUGGAAUUUAAACGUAAACGUGGAGAAAAGUCGGACGGAAAAUUAAAGCAGCAGAGUCGCCCCCUAGUGGCAACCCUUUUCACUAUUUCAGCUGCAGAAUUAGUUUUUCUGAGCAGGGUUUGUUUGUGUCAUGUGUGCGCCCCCUGGUGUCAAUGACCUCUUCUGUUUCCAGUUCAACUCUUUUUUUUUUUUCCUUGACGUUAUUUACAAAUGAUUAAAACAAAUCACCUGCUGCUUGUGUCCACUGGGUGGAGCUAAGGGUCGGCCAUUAAUCAAACCUGUGUUUUAGAGGAAGACGGUGAAUGAAAGCAGAAAGAACGUUUGGCUGUGGGGACUCAGUAGGAGGCGCUGUUCAUUUAGUGAUUUUUUUUUCUGCAAUGGUAAUCAGAGAAAAAGAAUAAAAACAUUUAAAAAAUGGAA